UGAUCUUCAGAACUGCCGAAAAUUCCGUGCCGUAAUUGGAAUCUGAAGUUCAUCGCUGGAACAGUGGUUCGUCGUGAAAGCGUGAUUUACGUCACCCGACCAGAGACACUAUCAGAAGAGCAAACUCCUCACGUUGAAAGCUCUCCAUCGAGUCAGACUCCUGGUGUCAAUGUUUAUUUUUGGUGGAAACUCUCACCUUUGAAGCGAAGGGAUUUUCAUAGGGAAUUUGAUUAAAUCUAUGGACAAUGGUUUACGGUUCGAGGAGAUUAGAUGCUCUUGGAUCGUUGCUGUUUUUGGUCCUAUUCUGUAGAGUUUUUCAGACAACUGGAGAGAGAGUGGGAAAAUGCCCAGACCUCUCACGGAAAUUUUCCCAGAGAUGUCCUCCUGACACCAUUGACCAAUGCAAAUAUGACGAAGAUUGUACCGAGAAUAAUAAGCAGAAAUGUUGCAAGAUUGGCUGUGGCAAGAUUUGUUUUAAUCCAGGUGACCUUGCCUUAAUCAGUGGUAACAGUGUGUGCCCGGUCUUACCGAGGCCUAAUCCGUGUCCUAACGAGCCCAAUCAGUGUCUAAAAAGAGAUGAAUGUGUUAGCGGGAAGGAGUGCUGCUCUGAUGGUUGCAGAAUGAUCUGUGUUCAACCUGUCGUAGUCCCAACUAAAGAACCAGCUGAAAGAAAAACUUGUAAUGCCAUAGUGGACGUCGCCUUCAUCAUUGAUUCGUCCGGGAGUAUUUCCAGAAGGAACUACGGAAAAAUCAAAGCGUUUGUGAAGGGCAUUGCUGGGAGACUUGGCAUUUCGACGAAUGGUAGUCGGGCAGGUAUCAUCUUAUACAGCACAAAAGCCUCAGUGAAAGCGUACUUCAACGACUCCCGCACCAUAGAAGAGUUUAAAAGGAAGGUCGACGAGCUUCCCCACGAAAGAGGUCUUACUUACAUCAACAAGGCUCUCGAACUGGCGUCAUCGGAACUUUUCUCACGCGCGCGGAAAGAUGUACCAAAGGUGGCAAUGUUGCUGACUGAUGGCGAGCAAUCGAAGCCUGAGAGCACGUUAAACCUGAGAGAUGCGUCCGCGCCUUUAAGGCAGCAAGGAGUGCGUGUGAUCGCUUUCGGUAUUGGAAAGAGAAUUAAUGUGCGCGAAUUGCGGUUGACGGUAGAACGAGAUGAAGAUGUGAUAAGAGUGAUGAAGUUUGAUGAUUUGGUUACCAAAGUGGGGAAUUACACCAAUAGUCUUUGCGAAGCGGCUGUGACAGAACCAAUCCACCCUGAUGCUGACAUUAUCUUCUUGAUGGACUCUUCCGUGGGCGUAUCCAGGGAACAGUUGAUUUUGCAGCAACAGUUCGUCCGUCGUUUGGCUCGUUACUUCAUUAUAUCCCCACUUGGGCCACGUGGCGCAUUGGUCACUUAUGACAGAGCUUCAUUUACCGUCAUAGGCUUCUCCGAUUAUGGCAGUACAGCAGACUUCAGUCUUAAAAUCAAUGACGCUCGAUUACGCGGUGGUUCGCGGAGAAUCGACCAAGCGCUCAAUUACGCUACGAAAAUGUUCCAGGACACCGGACGAGAGGGUCUAAGAAUUGUUAUUCUCUUGACCGCGGGUAAUUACUACUCGGGACCUGGAGCUGAUACUAUGUCUUCUGUUGUGAUGAGAUUGCGCAGUAUCGACGCACAUUUGUACGUGAUAGGUAUUGGCUCCCAGUUUACACCAUCAGUAUUCACGCAAAUGGUUCGCAAACCCAGAGACAUUUUUCAAGUAGCCUCUUUCCACGAUUUGGAACCAUGGCAGUCGCGUAUCGCGAGAACUCUGAGACAUACUUCGAAUGCCUUUAAGUAUGAACCAGCAGACUUUCGUUCAGAUAUAAUAUUUCUCAUGGACUCAUCAAGGUUCGUGACAAAGGAGAACUACAUACUAGAAAAGAACUAUGUAAAGCUGAUGGCACGCCUCCUGAAUCUCGCCAAUAACAGAAGCCGCGCUGCUCUGUAUGCAUUCAGCGACCGUCCCUCACUGCAAAUCACAUUUGAUGGUUACGAAGACCGUGAGGCGUUCGACACAGCUGUCAACAGCGCAUCUCAUCUCCAAGGUGCCCGCCGCAUCGACAGAGCAUUUGAGGCUGCAGCGGAGCUUCUGCGAACAAGAUCUCGUUCAUCUGUACCCAAAUACGUCAUUCUCUUGACAACUGGAAGGCAAUCGCAGGUGGCUGAUAUGCGCUCCCUGAGAGAGACCUCGCAGCAGAUUCGAACAUAUGGUGGCAGAGUCUUUGUUGUUGCUAUUCUUGCAGGAGGAUAUACUGUUCGUGACUUUUGGCAGGCAGUUCAAAGACCUGAGGACGCCAUGUCCGUUCCAUCGUUUAUCAAUCUACUUCCACGCGCCUCUUUCAUGGCCUCACGUAUCAUGGGAACGUGGCGAGCCCCAGAGGCGCCAACGUUUGCCGCUGAUAUCGCCUUCAUCCUGGACUCUUCCUCCGCAGUAACACCCUUCCAAUACACUAGAGCUCAACGAUUUGUCAGAAUAUUGUCAGAGUACUUGAACAUUUCACCAGGAAAAUCUCGGGGAUCGUUGAUCACAGUAGGAGAUUCUCCUAUAGUGAACUUCAACUUUGACGGCUAUAACACACAUGCCGAAUUCAGAACUCUGGUAACCGAUGCGUCAUAUUUGGGCGGCAGUUCUUCGAUCACCAGCGCCUUAAGGACAGCGGCGACUAUGUUUACUGGCGCGCGUAGGUCUUACCCCUGGCUGGUUAUCCUCGUUACCCCGUGGAGACCGAGAGACAUACGGGAUACCAGGGCUCUAGAAGCCGCUGCUAGUCCUUUAUUGAAGCGCGGGAUCUGGUUGUACGUGCUAUCCGUUAGUGAGAACCCGUAUGUCGGUUGGCUACGUCCAGUGGUUGUGGAACCGCGGGAUGCCUUUUCAGUUGUUUCUUACCGCGAUUUACCAGCGAAUAUCGGGUCUUUGGCUGGCUAUAUAACAGCUGAUAAUUAUCUCUAUGGAGGCUCCAAAUUCCUGUUGGACAUCAUAUUCCUGAUAGAUUCCUCGUCAGGCAUCAAUUCCAGGGACUACAGCAUCGAGAAAUGGUUUGUCCAAAGGAUAGCAAUGCACCUUGGUGUGUUCCAAGGCGAAACUGUAGCUGGUGUGGUAACGUAUGGAGGUAAUGCCUCAGUGGUAUUCCCCCUUGGAGGCUACAGAUCCAAUUCAGAGUUUAUUCGGCGCUUGAAUGACGCUCCAAGUAUGGGAGGUGUGCGACAGAUUGACCGUGCUCUCGAUACUGCGGCUGCUUUACUCUUACGGUCUCGAUCGACUCUGCCGAAGGCGGUCGUUCUCAUAACAGCGGGCGAUCAAAGCACGGCACCGGGGACCAUUCCUAUAGGAGAAGCUUCUCGGCCUCUUCGUCAGCUGGGAGCCUGGGUCUACGUUACGGCUAUUGGACGAAUGGACGCCAGGGAACUGCAAAAAGUUACGAUAAGACCGACAGACAUGUUCUUUGCAAGUUCGUUUCCAGGACUUUAUGGAUUUGUCAGGCCAGUGGGUACAUACGUGGCUAAUACCUCGGUCAUAACAGGGACAUCUUCCUUGAACGCAGACAUCGUAUUCAUCAUUGAUUGUUCUUCAAGUGUUCCUUAUCGCGAGUACCAAACACAGAAGGACUUCGUGAAGUCUCUUGCACAGUACUUAAACAUCCAGCCCGGGCUGUCUCGGGUGGCGCUCGUAGUGUACGGUAGUCGAGCAAUGCCCGUCCUUCGCUUCGACAGUUCCAGGACCAUUGAGCGCUUUUAUUCCGAGCUUGCCAAGACGCCAUACCUCGGAGGACCCCGAAAUGUCGACAGGGCCCUAACAAUGGUCAUGCAGCGUAUUUUCGUAGACGCCCGGGAAAACGUCCCCAAGAUCGUGCUGUUGUUUAUGGCGGGAAAACAGUCGGGUGAAUCAGGCUCGUUAAGAGAUUCAGUUCGACCGCUCCACCUACAAGGGAUUAGGACAUUCAUUUUCCGCAUUGGAUCAGAACCAGCACUGAGGGAACUUCAUGCGGCUGUUGAUCUUCCUGGCGAUGUUUUCGAGUUUGCAAGUUUUGCAGACUUGGAUUCGAAGACGGCACCAUAUCUGGCGAGGCACAUACCUUAUUCUUCGGCUUUCCUGGGACCACUCAGCUUAGCUGUGGACGUCGUUUAUCUCAUUGAUUCGUCUGCAUCAGUGACAUCACAACAUUACAAUGAUCAAAAGACAUUCGUGAAGCAAUUGUCGCGAUUUUUAAACAAGAUGCCAGGCCGUACCAGAGUUGCUGUAAUCACAUACGGAUCCACUGCGACCGUGAUUUCAAACUUUGGUGACACAAGCACGACUCAAGAGUUCCAUAACGCUCUGGACAACGCGCCAAAAGUCGGAGGACCGCGAAGGAUGGACCGAGCAGUCGACAAAGCGCGAACUGCUUUGGCAAAAGCGAGACCGGCGGUGCCUAAAGUUGUCAUUCUAUUGACAGCAGGAAAUCAACAAGUAGGGAUUCAGGCGUCGAUUCUAGACACGUCGUUCAAGCAACUUUACAAUCUUGGGGCUCGACUUUAUGCUGUGACUAUCUCUCCGCAAAUCGUUUUAUUGCCUUUGAGGGGCACUGCGGGUUCGGAUUGGUUCCCAGUGAGGAAUUUUAUCGAUCUUCCUCGCCAUGUCGUGCCAUUGUCAAGAUAUGUGGCCCACGAUACAGCGGCUCUUGGUCCUUACAACUUCGUGGCUGACGUAAUCUUCAUGCUGGACUCUUCGUCAAGCGUCACGCCAGAUGAAUUCUUGAGGGAAAAAGAGUUCGUCAAGCUUAUCGCAAGGUACCUAAAUAUCACGCCGGGGAAGUCCCGAGGUUCUGUUAUUAUCUUCAGCACUGAAGCCCGACCCAUCUUGCCCUUUGAUGGCUAUACAGAAAUUACCGGCUUCAAUUCAGUCAUCGACCGAACCCCACAGAUGAGUGGAACGCGGAGGAUUGACCGAGCUUUUAAUGCUGCUGCAACCUUGUUCCAAAACUCCCGACCAUCUGUUCAUAGGGUCGCCAUAUUGCUCACCGGUGGAAGGCAAUCACCUGAUGGGGGAUCUUUGGUGGACGCAAUGCAACAAAUGAAAAACCGUGAUGUCAUCACCUACGUAAUAGCUGUGGGAGGUGAAUCUGACGUUCCCGUCCAAAGACCACAGGACAUGUUCCGCAUGGCGUCGUACAAUGAUCUUCCAAGACAAGUUCAAACCAUUGCAAGCACCAUAACUGCACCGAGAGUUGCAAUAGUUACAACACCUGCGCCUACAACAACCCCAGAUCCUUGCGCCACACGUAGCUGCAAUGCUCCAUACAGCGAGGGUUGCAGAGCUUUGAACAACAGGGCACAGUGCAUAUGUCCCACCUGUUCCAACGUCCUGAAGCCUAUUUGUGCAUCUGAUGGUGUACAGGAUCAAAGCGAAUGCAACAUGAAACAGCAAGCUUGUCGUGGUAAUAUAUGGGUUAACGUUACAAAGGAAGGACCAUGCGAUAAGGAAUGCAGCCCUCUUUUAGAUAUCGCUUUUAUCAUCGAUUCUUCUGGAAGUAUUGGCCGGAUGAAUUGGGAAAGAACAAAACGUUUUGUUAAGGCUGUGAUCAGCAAACUCGAAGUUAGUCCUUCCGCAGCGCAUGUGGCUGCCAUAUCAUAUAGCACCAAUCCUCGGGUGGUGCUCAGGUUUAAUAGCUUCCAAGGGACACUGCAGGUCAACCAAGUAUUCGAUGAUAUGCGAUGGGAGCGUGGCUACACCUACACAGACAAAGCUCUUCUUUUAGCAGACUCAGAGCUAUUUCAGACUUCAUAUGGGAUGAGGUCAAAUGUAAAGAAGAUUGCCAUCGUGAUCACAGAUGGUAAGCAGACGACGACAUCGCAAUACACCAAACUUUCGGAGGCCUCGAGAGGAAUCAAAAACAAAGGGGUCAUUGUCUAUGCCAUUGGGGUUGGUAGUGGAGUUGACCAAGCAGAGUUGGAAGAGAUUGCAUCGGGACUAGAUUAUGUAUUUACAUCGUCAUCAUUCGAAAGCCUCCAAAACGAGGCUUCAAAAAUACGAAAGAGUGUAUGCGAAGUAUCAAAACCUGGUAAUUAUUUUACCUCUUUUUUAACAGAUCCCUGUCUGACCACUCCCUGUAAUGCUCCAUACAACCUCGGAUGCAAAGUUGUGGACAAUACAGCACAGUGCAUAUGUCCCACCUGUCCGAACAUACUGAAGCCUGUUUGUGCAUCAGAUGGCGUCGAGGACCUGAGUGAAUGUCAUUUAGAACGUCAAGCCUGCCAAGGAAAUGUUAAUGUUUCUGUUGCGAAGCGGACAUCAUGUGACAAAGACUGUCGACCCAUCAUGGACAUAGCUUUCAUCAUUGACUCCUCUGGAAGCAUUGGGAGCAGUAACUGGGAAAGAAUGAAGCGAUUCCUUAAAGCGCUGGUCAGCAAACUUGACGUUAGUGCUUCUGCCACACACGUGGCAGCUGUCGCUUACAGUACGAAUCCACAGGUGGUGAUGACGUUCAGAAACUUUCAAGGAACAUCUCAGGUUAAUCAGGUGUUAGAUUUUAUGAGAUGGCAACGCGGCUUGACCUAUACGGACAAAGCUCUCCAGCUUGCAGACAGAGAACUUUUUCAGACUGCAAAGGGAAUGAGAUCUAGUGUACCAAAGGUAGCCUUUGUAAUCACAGAUGGUAAGCAGACGACAACGGGAUCGUACACGCAGCUUUCCGUGGCUUCUCAAGGAAUGAAACGCAAAGGUGUCACUGUAUACGCUCUCGGGGUCGGCAGCGGGGUCGACCAAGCUGAACUUGAACAGAUUGCCUCAGGAUCACAAAAUGUUUAUACUUAUGCAUCAUUUAAAGAUCUAAAGAAUAUAGCCGGAGGGAUAAGACACCGCUUUUGUAGAGCGUAUGUUACUGGACCCUCAACAACUCCAACACCAACUACUCCAGAUCCAUGUGCUAUAGGCUGCACUGUUCCGUUCAAUGAAGGCUGCCGUGUAGUGAACAAUACUGCACAGUGUAUUUGCCCCACUUGCCGAAAUAUAGUCCUCCCUGUAUGUGCAACUGAUGGAGUACAGGAUCAGAGCGACUGCCACAUGAGAAGACAAGCUUGCCGGGGAGAUAUAGGUGUUACUGUUGCAAAGCAGGGCGCGUGUGAUAAGGAGUGCCGCAAUGUGGUGGACAUCGCCUUUGUUAUCGACUCAUCUGGAAGUAUUGGUCGCAAAAAUUGGGAAAGAAUGAGGCGAUUCCUAAAAGCUCUGGUCAGCAAACUUGACGUCGAUUCCUCUGCCACUCAUAUAGCUGCUAUUGCAUACAGUACCAAACCUAAAGUGGAAAUGAAAUUUGACGGCUUGCAGAGCACCAACCAGGUUAAUCGAUUAUUUGAUAGAAUGCUAUGGCAACGUGGUGUUACCUACACGGACAAAGCUCUCCUUCUUGCAAACAAAGAGGUGUUCCAGACAUCAGGCGGGAUGCGACUACACGUACCAAAGUUAGCAAUUGUGGUCACAGACGGCAAUCAAACAAAAGUACCAUCUUACACCAGACUUUCAGUAGCGUCUCAAGGGAUGAAGGACAAAGGAGUCAUUGUAUAUGCCGUGGGAGUUGGUAGGGGAGCGAACCGCGCAGAGUUAGAAGAAAUUGCAUCCGGAUCACAAUACGUUUUAACAUCGUCAUCAUUUCAGGAUCUCCAGAAUCUCGCCCCAGAGAUGAUAAGGCGAUUGUGUGAGCACAAACUAUCAGUAUCAACUCCAACUCCAACAACAACUCAAUUAUUGACAACCCCAGAUCCUUGCCAAACGACGGGCUGCAGAGCUCCAUACAAUUUUGGCUGCCGUGUAGCAGACAAUAAGGCGGAAUGCAUUUGCCCAACUUGUCAGAAUACCUAUCGACCUGUUUGCGCAACAGACGGUGUCCAGGACUUAAACGAGUGUUAUCUAAGACAACAAGCCUGUCAGGGAGAUAUUAAAGGCGUCACCGUUGCCAAGCAGGAGCCUUGUGAUAAGGAAUGUAGCGCCGUUGUGGACAUUGCAUUCGUAAUUGAUUCAUCUGGGAGUAUCGGACGUAAGAACUGGGAGAAAAUGAAGCGAUUCCUCAAGGCUUUGGUCAGUAAACUCGACGUUCGUCGCUCUGCCACUCACAUAGCAGCUGUUGCAUACAGUAACAAUGCUGUAGUAGUAACAAGAUUUAAUGACAUCCAGAGCACAAUAGAGGUAAACCGAAAGUUAGAUGGGAUGCGUUGGCAACGUGGCUUCACUUACACGGACAAAGCUCUUCUCCUAGCGGACAGAGAUCUGUUUCAGACAGCAAAUGGGAUGAGAUCGCGUGCGCCUAAGUUGGCCUUUGUGAUCACAGACGGUAAUCAAACCACGUCAAAGCCCUACACCAAACUUUCAGUGGCUUCUCAAGGAAUGAAAAACAAAGGCGUAACUGUGUAUGCUCUCGGCGUUGGCAAUAAAGCUGCCCGUGCGGAGCUUCUGGAGAUUUCAUCUGGCCCACAGUAUGUUUUUAGCUCGUCAUCAUUCGAAGAACUUCAAAAGCUCGUCUCACUGCUGACAAGAGAAUUUUGUGAGGACAGGCUAACUAUUACAACCACAGUUCCAACUCCACCCUCGACAACACCGCCUUUGCCAACUACCCCAGAUCUUUGCCAAACGACGGGCUGCAGAGCUCCAUACAAUAUUGGCUGCCGCGUAGUAGACAAUAAGGUGGAGUGCAUUUGCCCAGCUUGUCAGAAUAUAUAUCGACCUGUUUGUGCAACAGAUGGUGUCCAGGACUUAAACGAGUGUUAUCUAAGACAACAAGCUUGUCAGGGAGAUAUUAAGGGCGUAACCGUUGCCAAGCAGGAGCCUUGUGAUAAGGAGUGUAGCGCCGUUGUGGACAUUGCAUUCGUAAUUGAUUCAUCUGGGAGUAUCGGACGUAAGAACUGGGAGAAAAUGAAGCGAUUCCUCAAGGCUUUGGUCAGUAAACUUGAUGUUCGUCGCUCUGCCACACACAUAGCAGCUGUUGCAUACAGUAACAAUGCCGUAGUAGUAACAAGAUUUAAUGACAUCCAGAGCACAAUAGAGGUAAACCGAAAGUUAGAUGGGAUGCGUUGGCAACGUGGCUUCACUUACACGGACAAAGCUCUUCUCCUAGCGGACAGAGAUCUGUUUCAGACAGCAAACGGGAUGAGAUGGCGAGUACCUAAGUUGGCCUUUGUGAUCACAGACGGUAAUCAAACCACGUCAAAGCCCUACACCAAACUUUCAGUGGCUUCUCAAGGGAUGAAAAACAAAGGCGUAACUGUGUAUGCUCUCGGAGUUGGCAAUAAAGCUGCCCGUGCGGAGCUUCUGGAGAUUUCAUCUGGCCCACAGUAUGUUUUUAGCUCGUCAUCAUUCGAAGAACUUCAAAAGCUCGUCUCACUGCUGACAAGAGAAUUUUGUGAGGACAGGCUAACUAUUACCACCACAGUUCCAACUCCACCCUCGACAACACCGCCUUUGCCAACAACCCCAGAUCCUUGCCAAACGACAGGCUGCAGAGCUCCAUACAAUCGUGGCUGUCGUGUUGUAGAGAAUCAAGCAGAAUGUAUUUGUCCACUCUGUCCCGAUGUUCGGAAGCCUGUUUGUUCGAACGAUGGUGUACAAGAUAAAAGCUUGUGCAAUUUAUUUCAGCAGUCUUGCCUGGGAAAUAUAGUAGCUUAUUCAGUAAAAACAGGACCAUGUGACAAGGACUGUCGUCCGCUAUUGGACAUAGCUUUCAUCGUCGAUUCAUCCGCAAGUAUUGGCAAGACAAACUGGGAAAGAACAAAAAGGUUUCUGAAAGCUUUGGUUAGCAAAUUAGACGUUAGUCCUGGGCGUACUCACGUGGCAGCUGUAGCUUACAGUACUGAUCCUAUGGUGAUUAUGAGAUUCAAAGAUGUUCAGGAUACAGACGGGGUGAAUCGAGUGCUUGACGGAAUGCGUUGGCAGCGUGGAUUAACCUACACCGACAAAGCUCUCCAGCUCGCAGACAGAGAUAUCCUCCAAACUUCAAACGGCAUGAGGCCAAAUAUAGCGAAGAUUGUCAUUCUUAUCACUGAUGGGAAGCAGACGAAAGAUGGACAAUAUACCAGCCUCCUGGAGGUCUCCGAGAGAAUCAAGAAAAAAGGGGUCACGAUGUAUUCUAUUGGUAUCGGUAACGGAGUAGAUAGAAAUGAAUUGGAAGAAAUUGCGUCCAGUCCUGAUAAGGUUUUAACACCCUCGUCCUUUGGAGAACUUCAAGCAAUUGCACCACAGAUGCGAAAAGCGAUAUGCCAAGAUCCCGAGGCCAAGUAUUUAGCCGACGUUAUUUUCUUAAUGGAUGCAUCCAGCGGAACUGCCUCUACAUAUACUACAGAGAAAGAUCUCGUCAAGUCUCUUGCCAGGUACUUAAACAUCGAUCCAAAAGGAACCCGAGCAGCCCUUAUUGUGUUCAAUGGCAGACCUUCGGUAAUCUCUGACUUCGAAAGCUUCAGAUCACUUACCGAGUUUGAAUCGAAGGUUGACGAAGUUCCUCAUUAUGGAGGAGACCGCAGUGUUAGCGAUGCUUUACGGGAGGCGGCAGGGAUGUUUCCGAAGUCUCCGUCUUCUGUUUCCAAAGUCAUCUUUCUUGUUACUUCUGGAAAACCUCUGCAACCGCAAGACAAGAACUCAGCUGGUGAUGUAAUCAAUGAGCUGAGUGCCAUAGGUGUGAGGACGUAUCUUGCGCUGGUUGGCCCUUCCGCCAAAAUUCAAGAUUUUAGAUUCUUAGUGGACAAGACAGAAAGUGUAUUUACCGUAGAAUCUAACGGUGAUGUUCCAAAACAGGUCAAUCAAGUUGGAAGUUACAUUUUGAGUGAAUCGGUUGCACCCAAGAAGCUGAAUCUUUCGACGUACGUAUUGUUUGUUCUUGACUCGUCCAAACAGGUAACUCCUGUUAAUUUCAGGACUCAAAAAGAAUUUGUUAAAUCCACGAUGAGCCAACUAAACCUCUAUCCGGGCGAAAGCGACUCUCGAGUUGGACUUAUGGUUUACAGCGAAGAAGCAACAGUACUUUUGAAUAUAGAUAAUCGGGAAAGCAAGUCCGCUUUGGAAAGAAUGGUGGAUAAUCUGCCACAUUUAAAAAAAGGCAGAAGAAUUGACAGAGCUUUAGAAGCGGCGACCAACGUCCUGAAAGACGUCGGCACUGAUAACUCGAAGUUUGUUAUCUUGGUGACCGCAGGCCGACAAGAACCAGAUGCUAAGUCAUUCGCUGCAGCUGUCAAACCUCUUCACCAAACUGGAACGAAAACACAUAUCUUUGCGGUUGGGGGUGACGUGGAUCCAAGUUACUUCCAGGGAGGGGAUAAAGCUAAGACAAAAAUUUUUUCCGUUCCUUCUUUCACCGACCUCCCUCAAAAGACAGCAAUGCUGACGGAAGACCUUUUGAAAGAAUACGUUGCUCCACAAUCUACAGUUGCUACCACAACCACAGCUCCAAUCCAAACAACGCCUAACCCUACAGUCACUCUGGCCAAACACUUGUAUAAAAGGAUAUGUUCUGAUGAGCUAAUUUACCUUUCAGAUGGAGAUUCCCCUUCAAUGGACAUCGUCUUUAUUUUAGACACAUCUAACAGUGUCACUCAAAGUGACCUAGAAAAACAGAAGGAAUUUGUAAAACUCAUGGCUCAGCGGUUCGAUGUUUCUCCUUUUGCUUCUCAUGCUGCGGUGCUCAGUUACGGCGACAAAACCAUUUUGAUUGGUGGAUUAUACGACCAUGUCAGAGGAAAACGGUUCGAAGACAACGUGGACUCUGUGACUCUCAUUGGAGGAAAGAGAAACAUCCAGGAAGCUCUGAAAGAAGCUACGAACCACCUUGCUAUUUUUGGACGCCAAAACGCUUCCAACGUUGUCUUUUUGAUAACGUAUGGACGACAGUCUCCAGAGCUUGGUUCUCAACGAUUGCAAGAGAUAGUGCAAAAUGUCAGGGACACUAAUGCAAUCCUCUAUGUCAUCGGUGUAGGUGUCGACGCCGAUGAUCAGCAGCUAGGGCUUAUUGUAGAGAGUACAACUGACUUCUUUGAGAUUCCUCGGUCUGGUGAUUUGAAACUUAAUGUGCCAUCAAUAGUUUCUUAUACAGUUUCUAGAGCUGAAUCCAAGACGCCAGAAGAUUACAAAGCUGAGGUCAUUUUCGUUAUGGACUCAUCUUCUUUGGUUGGACAAGUAAACUAUCGGAACCAAAAAGAUUUCAUCAAGAGUUUGGCACGAGCGCUUAAUCACAGUCCCAACUAUACACAGUCAGCCGUCAUCAUAUAUGAUACAUUUCCUGAGUUCGCCAUCCGCAUGGGAGCGUACCCAGAAAUUGGUCCCUUUUCGCAUACUGUCGACAAGCUUCGAUACCUUGGUGGACUAAGUGGCGGGCUAGAUUGGGCCUUGAGAUUUGCACCAAGAGGUUUUUCCCAAGACGAGCCUGACGUGCCGAAGAUUAUCGUAUUGAUUGCCACAACAGAUUCUCAAAACCCAGCAAGCAUAGAUUCUAUGUCAGCUACACUACGUAGACAAGAUAUAAAUAUAACUAUCCUGGGUAUCGGAUCUGAAUCAAACUUUCCAAAUAUUCGCCGUCUAGUUGCUCGACCAGAGGACUUUCUGACACCGAAAGCAUCUGAGUAUUUACCAAGUUACGUUCCAACGACGGAGGCUGGGGCCCGUGGAGUGAAUGGAGCAAAUGCAGCAGGACUUGUGGGACUGGACUACGGAUCAGAGAACGCAGAUGCGACAGUCCUAGGCCACAAAACGGAGGGGAGCGCUGUCAAGGACCCAGUCAGCAGUUACGAAAUUGCAAAAUCGAGGCUUGUCCCGUGCAUGGAGGGUGGGGCCCUUGGAGUGGAUGGAGCAGAUGCAGCAGAACCUGUGGGAAAGGAUCACAGAUCCAAGAACGCAAAUGUGACAGUCCAAGGCCACAAAAUGGAGGGAGUGCAUGGAGGUUGGAGCCCUUGGGAUAAAUGGAGCAGAUGCACCAAGACUUGUGGAACAGGAUUACAGACCCAAAAACGCAGAUGCGACAGUCCCAGACCAACAAGUGGCGGCAGGCAAUGUGAAGGACCUAGUCAGCAGACCCGGGCUUGCAGCAUAAGGAGCUGUGAAGAUCCUGAGGGUUAUUGUCCGCCGUAUUCGCCAACCAAGCGAUGUCUUGGCCUAGUUCAAGACGAAUGUACCUGUGAUUCCGAUUGUAAUGACGUCGGUGAUUACAAGUGUUGCUUUGACGGCUGCAGGCGAAUGUGCAGAAGCACAGCUGCUCAAGUUUGUACCGCUAGCGUGGACAUCAUCUACCUCAUGGACUCCUCAGUAAGUGCUGGUGACUUUGAGAAACAGAGAGAUUUUGUUCGAGAUCUGGCGCGGAUUUUCAGCCUUGGAGCCAGCCGUGCCGCUGUGGUCACUUAUGACGACAAAGCCACCGCGCGUAUCAACUUUGAUGACUUUGAUAGCACCUUUGAAUUUGCAAACGCCAUAGACCGUAUUAGCCAGAUCCAAACACAAGGGGGAUCUCGGAUCGACCUCGCUCUGAAGAAAACAUCGGAUAUGUUUAAAUCUGCAAGGAUAAAUGUCCCAAAGGUGUUAAUCGCCUUAACAAACGGUUCUCACACAGAAGAUUCAAUGGCACUUAACCAACCGGUUCAACUCCUUCGUGAUCAAAAUGUGCGGAUCUUUGCUGUAGGGAUUGGGUCCAAUGUUGAUAUCAAUAAGCUCAAGUUAUUGGUUGAAAGCGAUGCGGAUGCUUUUCUGGUGGAUUUAUUCGUAGAUCUUCUUCGCAAGUCGCAAACAUUUGCUGACAACACUUGCAGUCAAAUCAGUAAUUCCACCAAAUGUGUCCAAGGAGUGGACAUUGCUUUCCUAAUGGACUCGUCCGAAAGCAUUACGGACGAAGAUUUUGAGAGAGAAAAGAUUGCCGUGAAAGAGAUUGCUGGCCUAUUCUUAAGUGCUUCCCCAGACAGUCGUGUUGGGGUCAUUAUGUACAGCGGUCGACCUGAACUAAUGGUAGACUUUCUAAGUCAAAAUUCAAUCAGCGAAUUCGAGUCUGCCGUAGACGACCUGACGCACAAACGAAGUAUGACAAGAAUAGACAGCGCCCUCCGCUUUGCUGCGCAAACGUUAUUUUUAAAUCCACGACGCUCUGUGAGUUCCGUUGCCGUGGUGAUGACUGACGGGAUACAGACGCCGGGACCUGGAGUUGAGCCACUAGAUACAGCUGUGUUACCUCUUCGUGAGAAAGGAGUUCGCGUUCUUGCUGUCGGCGUGGGACCGAGGGUGGACCGAAGUGAAUUAAAGGACUUGGUAACAAGCCAGGACGAUGUUUUCCUAAUGAGUUCUUUCCAGGACUUACUGAACAAAUCUGCGGAGCUACUGGAAGUUGUCUGCCCUCAGCCUCCAGGAGCUAUCAAUAUAACAACAGCGAAUACUACGAAUACUACACCGAAUACUACGAGGGCGACGACAACAUCUACUCCUAUCAUGACCACUCCGACCACCGCCGAACCUGUUCGGUGUGAUAAACUCUUAGAUGUCGUGUUCGUAAUGGAUUCGUCGCGUAGUAUCGACGAACCACAGUAUAGACAGGAAAAAGAUUUCGUUAAGAGACUCGCUGACAUUUUCAAGAUUGGAGCAGGAAGUAGAGCAGCAGUGAUCAUUUACAGCGAUGAAACACAGCUAGAAAUUACAUUUGAUCAGUAUUCCAACUUGAGUAGUUUCUUAUCGGCAGUGGAAUCUUUACCGUACCUGCAAAGAAGGACCAGAAUUGACAAAGCACUGACAAUGACUGCACAAGUGUUGGAACAGGCCAGACCUGGCUUCCCGAAAGUUGUAAUUGUUAUGACAGAUGGUCGUCAGACGCGUGACCCAGAUGCACUUGACCUCAAUGUUGCAGCAAAACCAAUUCACGAUCAAGGAGUGCGAGUUCUCGUGGUCGGAAUUGGCCCAGAGAUUUCUGAUGAUGAGCUUCGAUUGAUUGCCAGGGAUUCUUCAUAUGUUUUUAAAGUCGAGACAUUCGAGAAUUUGAAGAAAGCCACCCAAGACGUAGCUUCCACUGCCUGCAUCAAUCCUACUGUCACACAAGCGCCAAAGCCAAAGCCGGGGACCUGCCCAUUCUACCCGAUCAGAAUCAGAUGCGCGGUCACAACCAACGCAUGCCUUACAGAUAAUGAAUGUCCGGGAAAUUUGAAGUGUUGCUAUGACAAUUGCCGCUCUAUUUGCACUCUACCAGAUUAUGAAGAAACAACAACUCCUUCUUUCAUUGGUUACUGUCCAGCUCCGACGAAUCCACCUGACGGCGUUUGUCCAUCUGGUCGAAGCUCAUGCUACGCUGAUGAUGAUUGUUCCUCUGGAUACAAAUGCUGUCUUGAUGGCUGUGGGUUUUCAUGUCAACCAGCCGUCGAUGGACCCACCACAGCCCCUCCGCCUCAAUGUUCUGAAUCAUUCGAUCUGGUAUUCGCUAUGGAUUCUUCCGGCUCCAUAGGCAAAGACAACUACCAAAAAGAGAAGAACUUCAUCAAUGGAUUAGCAAACAAGUUGGUGGUCGGUCCAAGGAACGUUCAUCUUGGUCUAAUAGUAUUUAGUGACUCGUCAAUUGUGUGGCUCAACUUUGGCACGCCUACGAGCACGAACUACUCCUCAUUUUCCGAAGCAGCAGUAGACAACGCACCAUACCUUCGCGGACGUACACGCAUAGACAGCGCGCUUCAGACGGCUGGCGACGUAUUUCCCGAAGGGCGCCAAAAUCAGGAGCCUCAGGUGUUGAUAUUGAUAACUGAUGGCCGUCAAUCGAACGAUCCUGGGUCAAUACCUUUGAAAACAGCUGUGCAACCUUUACGCGAUCAGGGCGUCAAGAUCAUUAUUGUUGGAAUUGGAGAAGAUGUUGAUGAAAUAGAAUUGAAAUCCAUCGUGGAAAACGCAGAUGAUGAACUCUUCCUUGUUGGAUCAUUCCUGGAAUUGGAGCCCUUGCUGAGAAAUAAGAAGCUCAAUGAUGCCAUCUGUUUACAAACAAUAGGUGGUCGUCGACAAAGGAACUUCUCGUAGGAACAAGGAUAGAAAUAAUCGUGAGCUACCCAUAACAAUUACUUUGUAACUAUCAGCUAUGAGCGUUUUUUUUCUGUCUGUAGGAAGGUUUUAGGAAUUAAUAUGCUUUUAACUUAUGUAUGUUGUCUUUUAUCGCAUUUACAGACGCUUAAGGAAAUUAUGAAAAGCUUCCACAAAUUAGUAAAAAGCAGUGUCAUCCCCGUUUUAAAGGUUGUGCGUGUUCGUAUUAACUAAUAAGUAAGGAAGACGAUCUUGAUCGUGGUCUUCCUUUAAUGCCACUGCAAUUUUGCAUUUCAUAGAAACUGGCCAUCAAAGUAAUCACUGUCUAUGUAGGUAGCUUUGAAUUAACCAGCACGAAUAAAGUCAUUGAUACUUGUAUUUUCCUUUGUAAAGAGAACUAUUCUUCUCUUCAGAAGCUGUUUCUCUAUUUUUCUUGGCUUUAAGUUUCUUUAAGUGUUGGAAGAAAGAGAGGGUUGCUCUUCCCCAACGUGUGUCAAUGUGUUAAUGUGUUGCGCGACUUUUAAGUCGUUACGGCCUGUGAGCCACAGUUUAGGUUUUAUUUUCUCGAUACAUGUGAAUUAUUUUAUGCCAUAAUAAACAAGGGAAUAAAAAAGACUGGUUGUAAUUUGCAAUUACAUCAUAAAUAUAGAAGAAAAAUAUUGAAUGGUUGAAAAAUUAGCACAGCGCGUUAAUUAAAAUCAUAAAUUACACUCCAUUCAGUUCAAUUACCAUUAUUAAGCGCUCUUAUUAAUAAAAAACAAUUAUACGUCAGUAACUCA